CGACCCCCUUUGUUGAUAUAUAGAUCCUACAAAACAAACAUCAAAGAAAGAAACCAAAAAAGGAAGAAGAAGGGGAAGAAGAAUAUUCAAAUGGCACCAAGAAGUUCUUUGAUCCGCUUCGCCUUCGUCUGCAUUGUGUUGGCCGUGAUGGUCAUGACCGCAGAGUCACACAACGGACAUGUCCAUGGUCCUGCUAAGGCUCCAGCUAAGGCUCCAAUGCCACCCAUGGCUCCGGCUCCAAGUGCUGCCACUUUCUCGGCCUACCCUCAACUCAUGGCCACCGCAUUGGUCGGUGCUUUGUCUUUCCUCUUCUGAGAUGCGUUUCAAUUCAUCUUCGGAUUGUGUUUCUCUCUUGAGUUUAUUUAUUUCUCUCGUGUCGUCCUUCUUUCUCUUUUGUUUCUGCAAAGAUUGUGAUGUUAUGUUCCAAUAUCAUAAUAAAACAUUUAUCUUUAAAAUGUUUUAAUUCUGUUUUCCCCCUUUGAACGAAUUAAACCCUUCUAACCAAA